CGAGAGCGGGUGAGCGAAGCGCACCGUCGUGCACAUGGAUUUCCAAGCCGGCAUCCUGCGCGAUGGCAGCCCCAUGGAGAGCCUGGAGAAGCAGCUCAUCUGCCCCAUUUGCCUGGAGAUGUUCAGCAAGCCGGUGGUGAUCCUACCCUGCCAGCACAACCUCUGCCGCAAGUGUGCCAACGAUGUCUUCCAGGCUGCCAACCCGUACUGGCAGAGCCGGGGCAGUGUGAUUUCGGGGGGCCGGUUCCGGUGCCCGUCGUGUCGUCACGAGGUGCUGCUGGACCGUCACGGGGUCUACGGGCUGCAGAGGAACCUGCUGGUGGAGAACAUCAUCGACAUCUACAAGCAGGAGUGCUCCAGCAGGCCACUGAAGAAGGGGGAGCACCCCAUGUGCAAGGAGCACGAGGACGAGCGGAUCAACAUCUACUGCGUCACCUGCGAGGUCCCCACCUGCUCCAUGUGCAAAGUCUUCGGUGCCCACAAGGACUGCGAGGUGGCCCCCCUGCAAACUGUCUUCCAGGGCCAGAAGACUGAGCUGAACAAUUGCAUCUCCAUGCUGGUGGCGGGGAACGACCGCAUCCAAACCAUCAUCUCCCAGCUGGAGGACUCGUGCCGGAGAACCGAGGAGAACAGCGAGGCGGCCAAGCAGGAGCUGUGCGCUCGCUUUGACGCUUUGGCGGAGGUGCUGGAGGAGAAGAAGUCGGAGCUGCUGGAGCGCAUCACCCGCGAGCAGGGCGACAAGACGGGCUUCAUCCAGGGCCUCAUCUGCCGCUACAAGGAGCAGCUGGAGAAGUCGAGUCGGCUGGUGGAGACGGCCAUCCAGGCCAUGGAGGAGACCGGGGGGGCUGCCUUCCUCAUGAACGCCAAGCAGCUCAUUAACACGAUCGUGGAGGCCUCCAAGGGCGGCCGGCUGGAGAAGAUCGAGCAGGGCUACGAGAGCAUGGACGCCUUCUCGGUCAGCCUGGACCACCUCACCGAGGCCAUCCACGCCGUGGACUUCAGCCCCGCUGAGGAAGACGAGGAGUUCUUUGAUGGGGAGGAAGAAGAUGUGGAGGAGGAUGCGGUGCCCGAGAGGACAGUGAUGGGUCCCCAGUAGCCGCAGCCGUUGCCGGCGCAGGAGAAACGCCGCGGGCGCAGGAUGUCCGGCGACGGGACUCGGGACGGGGGGGACACGCCAUGGGGGCCGGUGGCCUCGCGAGCCGGCCCCUGCUCCAGCACAGGACACUUUUCUAUACGGGUGCAAACAGGACAAUUCCGCACGUUUUGUAUCUUCCUUCUUUUGUAUAUAAUUCUCACGGGUUUGAAUUUUGUGUAUUUUGUAAAGAAAACUGCUGUUUUGGGUGG